CUCAUUACCCCACCCCACACCCUCUCUCCCUCUCUUUUCCCCCAUCUCUCUCAAUCUCUCUCCCCCUUGGGCUCCGGCCGGCAGGGGAGGGGAGGAAGGAAGGCCGGCCGCGGCCGCCAUUGCCUAUUUGCCUCCAGAUUGCCCACCCAACAGCCUGCAGCCCGCCGCCGCCGGUAGCCAGAGAGCAUGAUGCUGCGGCGCGUGGCCUCGUCGACGCCGGUGCCCGAGUGGCUGGAGGCGCUCCUCAGCACGCGCUUCUUCCUGGCCUGCGGCGCGCACCCGGCGUCCCCGCGCAACGAGUGCAACAUGUUCUGCCUCGACUGCCGGGGGGCGCCGCCGCCGGCCUUCUGCUACUACUGCAGCGCGCACCGACACGCAUCCCACAGGGUCAUCCAGGUUUGCCCGCUGCUUGUUUCUUUGUUUCAAUCUUGUUCUCCUUCUUCGUCUCUGCAAUGCAAAUGCGAAUGCAAUUGCAAUUGCAAUGUGGCUGCGCGCAGAUACGGCGCUCCUCCUACCACGACGUCGUCCGCGUCUCCGAGGUGGAGGACGUCCUCGACAUCACCGGCGUCCAGACCUACGUCAUCAACAGCGCCAGGGUGCUCUUCCUCAACGAGCGCCCCCAGCCGCGCGGCGCCGGCGCCGCCGCCGGCAAGGCAGCCGCCUCCCCCUACAACUGCGAGAUCUGCGGCCGCGCGCUGCUCGACCCCUUCCGCUUCUGCUCCCUCGGAUGCAAGUUGGUGGACACCAAGCGGAGCAACGGCCACGCGGCGGCGCCCACCGACGGCGGCGCGGACAAUAAGGAGGCGGAGGAGGUCGGCGGGAGCAAGAACGCCGCGGCGCGGCCGCAGGGCCGCCGGCGGAAGGGGAUCCCCCACCGCGCGCCCUUCUGGUCCUGACCCACCUCACCGGCAACACCAAUCGCCCGAUCGAUCGAUCUCCAUGGCGUCGUCCGGAACAGAAGAGGAAUGAAGAAUCAGUAGCAAUCCAGUGCAAUGCAAGCACAUACAUCAAGGAAGGCAAUGCCAGCAAAAUGGGACUGGCCGGCUUCGUUCAUUCCGUCGUACUUACUUACUUACUUUGAAAAAAAAAGAGAGAAAGAGAGAAGAUUCUGCCCGCCCAACUAGAAAAAAAAACAAAGAAAGAAAUAGAUAGAUAGAAAAGCAAGCAAGGUGAGCUGAGCUCGGCAGCCCCAACCCAACUACCGGAAGGAGAGGGAGAUGAGGAAGGAUGGCUGGCCGGGGCCGCGCGCGCGCUGGACUCCAGUAAGCAACAUGUCUGUCCCCAUCUCCCUCUUGUUUCUCUCUCUGUCUCUCUCUCUCGCCAGUCGCCAUGCCUUGUGCCAUACCACCAUUUGGCACGGUAGAUGUACAUGACAUGCCCCCGAUCAUCAUCUCCUAGCUAGUCAUAGCCAUAUUAAACCUGAAUUAGCAGGAAAUUAAAUGGAUUCUUUUACAGUACAUUGGUUGGGAUAUACUUGGUGAUGAGCAGUAUUAUAUUGAUCUUUCUUUUUCGA